AUGGAGUUCAACAAGCCGGCACCUCUAAAAAUGACUGGUAACUUGAGUCAAAAUUUUAAGUUCUUUAAACAGCAAAUUGAAAUUUACAUGACGGCAACGGAGACAGAUGAAAAAUCAAAAACAAUUCAAGUAGCAAGAUUAUUGAAUUUGAUGGGCACGGAUGCCUUGAAAGUCUACAGCAAAACUAAUGAAAUCAAGUCACAUUAUAAGUUUUGUACAUCAAAACAAAAUGAUGAAAAUUUUGAUGUCUAUUUAACGAGACUCAAAGAGCUGGUAAAACCGUUUAAUUUUGGUACACUUGAAAAUAAACUAUUGAAGGCACAAAUCGUACUGGGAAUUCGUUGUCGUGAUACGCUAGAAAGGCUACUACGGGAAGACAUGACAUUGGAUCAAGUAGUGGCAUUCUGUCAGUCAGUGGAGGCAGCCGAAAAAAAUUGCAAGGAGCUAGAAAGCAAAUCAGAGGUACAUCACAUAGCUAAGCAGACACCAGCUGCAGUUUCAAAGCAGAAGACAACUAUAAAUAAUUGUACAAGAUGUGGUAAGACCCAUUUAAUUAAUAAGUGCUUCACCUUUGGGAAAAUUUGUAAUAAAUGUAAGCGUAUGAAUCAUUUCAGUAAUCUUUAUUCAGAAACAGGGUCUAAUGAUGAAGAUUUAGUUAUUUCUAUAAAUCAAGUUGAAAUAAAAGAAACUGAUAGCAAAAAAUGGUCACAAGACGGCUUUCACCAAAUACAAUUGGAGAAAGAAUCUAGUAAUUACUGUACUUUCAGUAGUCCUUUUGGUUGUUAUAGGUUCUUGAGAGCACCAUUUGGUUUAUCGUCAAUACCAGAAAUUUUUCAAAAACCAACUCAUAAAUAUUUUGGUGACAUAGAAAAUGUCAUAGUUUAUUUUGAUGAUAUACUCUGUGCAACCAAUCUAGGGAAGAAAUGGAUAAAACUGUUUAAGUAUUUAGGAUUAUUGUUUCCUAAAGAUGGUAUGAAGCCAGAUGAUAAUCGCAUCACUGCCAUUAAGGAACUUAAAAUUCCUAGUAAUAAAAAAGAGUUACAACAAAUAUUGGGAGUAAUAAAUUAUCUUAGAGUUAGACAAUUCAUACCAAAUUUGUCAGAAUUAAGCUCACCAUUUAGGGAAUUAAUGAAAAAUAAUGUAUUAUGGCAGUGGACAAAUAAAGACACAGGAAUAUUAGAAAAAAUUAAGACUUUAAUAGCAGAAACAUCAGCACUAAAUAAUUUUGAUAUGAUUAAGCAAAUUACAGUUCAGUGUGAUAACUCACAAAAUGCGCUGGGAUGUUGCUUGUGGCAAGAUAAUAAAUCAGUAGCUUUUGCGUCUAGGUCUUUAAUAUCUACAGAAAUAAAUUAUGCUCAAAUUGAAAAGAACUAUUAUCAAUAA